AGUUACAUAAUAAGUAAUAACUAAGCCACUAUUUUUUUUAAAAAUUAUAGUGUAGUAUUUUAUUUGUUACCCAUGAUCCAAAUGAUAUGAAUCAAUUUAAAAGAUUUGUAGUAUCCGGAACAAACUUAGUUAUGAACAAAAGGUGUACAAGUGUUCACUCGGCUGGUAUUGAACAAAUACAUGAAAUGCCUCUUAAUGAAAUCAUACGACCAAUUCCACCACAAGUAGAUGAAGGAAAGGUUAAGAGUUUAAUGGAUACUUUGUCAGAUCCAGACCUUACAGAUUCAGUACCACCAAUAGACGUGUUAUGGAUAGUAGGAAGAGAGGGUGGUAAUUACUUUUAUUCAUUUGGUGGAUGUCAUCGGUAUGAAGCUCACAAACGUUUAAAAAAGGACACAGUAAAAGUAAAAUUGGUAUCUUCAAAUAUUCAAGAUUUACACAACUACUUGGGAGCAUCCACACCCGAUCUUAAAUGAUAAUAUUAUCUUAUUACUGUUAAUUAAUUAUAAUUGGAUUUCGAGGGUUUUCAGGUUUUCAAAUUCAGCAAAUAAAUUGAAAAUUACUUUAAUUACUAAUAAGAAAUAAAUAAAAUAACAUUUCAUGAAUAAU